CCUUGAAAGGCGUGUGUUGUUUGUCGUAUUCCCGAUGGCUUUUUGUUAUUGUACCAUUCGUUAAACUAUAGCAUCCAAAAACGAAACCACCUAGUAGAGACCUUGAUAAGUCUCUAUGUAGAGACUUACAACAGUUAUAAACUUAUUCUAACCAAGGCAUUAUCGAAGAACAGCUGUUUCAUGGUAAAUGAAUAUUUUGUCUACCCACUAUGUUGUACAGUAACGCUGAUCGUGCUUUAAAAGAGAGCUGGGUGCUGAAUUAAAUCUUUCCGUUUUGAAUUAACGCUAUUUCGUGCUUAAUAUAUCAUGUGACGGCUGGAACAACUCUGUCUUGUCAACUGCAACUACUAAUUUCUUCGUAACAUAUAUAUGCAUUAAACAAUCAUAAAAAAAUUAUUGUGAAUUAUGUCAUCAGCACAACAUCCAUCAAGUUCAAAUUCAUCAACAACGUCUGAGCAUCAAUUUAAUUCUUUAAAAGAUGUCAAUAAUGUUGUUCAGUCAAUCUUGUUAAAGAUUGCUAAACAGCAUCAAUACACAAAUCCUGCUGUUGUUCAAGAAGAAUUACUUCAAAAAUAUCCAAAUGUUCAAGAAUAUCUUAAGAAAGCAAGGCUUAAUGUGGGGAAUAUUCCACGUCUUAAUGAGCAUUCAAGAUUAAUACAACAUGUCAACUUGAAAAUACUAGUGUAUGCGCUAAUAGGUGAUGUUUUGACUUUAGAGGAUAUUACAAGAUUUAUACGUGAAGUAUCACCAAAUGAUUACCACCUUCUUGGACCAGUUACAAAGUUACCAGUUGUAUUAGAAAUAUUUAAAGUUGAACAAUUUGCUGAAUGUGUUGAAAAAGCUUUCACUGUAUUAAAAUGCAAUAAAAGUCAUAUAAGCCAAAUGAGAAUGUCUGCUGAAGAUAUUCGCAGAAAAUUCGGUUGUCAUAAAAUUGCUCCUCCUCCUCCUCCUCGUAAAGGUGCUCAUCGUUCAUUUUGCUUAAAGAAUCAAAGAAUAUCAUCAUUUGUAAAAUAUAUGCAAGUCUUAUUCAAUGAAAAUGUAUCUUCUCAAAAUAAAAACGAUGGAUUUGAGGCAUUGUUUAAGUUUGGGAUUAGAAUUAAAAGAAUUUCCCAACCUAUGGUUCUUCAACGUAAGAAAGCAGGAGAAAAUAUUCUUCGUGAAUCAACAGCAGCCCAAGAAAAGAUAAGAAGUAGAGUAACCGAAAUAUGGAGUACAGUUCAAGAUUGCUCAAAGAAAACUUACUUAGGCCGUUGUUAUCCAAGAAAACCAAAUAUUAUUCUAAAAGGUUUGAAGGAAUUCACGCUAAGACUGCAUGCUGUACUGGCAAAUAUGGAUAAUUUUAAUAGUGCAGUGUAUGUUAAAUGGCCUAAAAAUCAUUUAAGCGCAUUGUUAGUAUUUUCUGAGUUUAUUGAUAAUGUUAUUCCUCUUGAGGCAUUAUGUAGAUUAUUUUGUAUACUGAUUAUGGUCUGUGAUACAAGUUCAUUGAAGCUAACAGAUUUAGUUAGCCAGCUUUUAUCAUCUAUUCACACUUCAUCAUCAUCGUCAUCGAAUGUAAUUGAUUUAACCGGUGAUUCAGAUUAUGACGAUGAUAAUCCUAAAGACUGUACUGAUGGUGGUACUUCUGAAUUGACAUUGAUUACAAAUCGAGUCAACCGAUUAUUGCAUGAAUAUAUUGAACAGGAGAUACAAAGCAGUGAAAGUAUUUGGACAUUACUUGCUACCUUGGAAAGCGAAUUAUUGGGAAACAAUGAUAAUGGUGCUAAUAAUGAAAAUAAUAAUAAUAAGAAACAACCCGUUAUUAAAACUCUACUAAGUUAUUUAUCUGUAGCAGUAGACAAGAAUAUGUUGGUACAAGCAUUAAAUGUUCACAGUGAUGGGAACUUAUAUCAGUAUGAAAAAGGGAUUAAUAAUUUGUCUAAUGAAGUCGAUGAAAUACGCUCAAUAGAAAACUUUAAUCCUCAUAUAAUUUUACAAUUUAUACAGAAAUUGAGCUGUAUUUCAUUACGGAGCAAAGAUGAAGUAUGCAAACUUGUGUGUGAAAAUCUACAGGAUAUUAUCCCUUCUAUAAAAUUAGAUAAUUUCAUCACAUCUAUUUUACCUAAACUAAUCACUAGUGAUGAGUUGAAGAGACAUCAACAAAAGGCGUUAAUUUAUCAUGAUUUUAUCAAUUUACAAGGUAUUUUCAUAAAUUCUCAUCAAUCGAUUGAUUACCAGUCGGAAUCGUCAUCUGAUGUUAUUUCUUCUCAUUUGUUAACUCAACGAGACUGCCUACUCCAACUAAUGUCAGCAUGUCCUUCAUUAGAAGAUCUGAAAGUUUGGUGUCAAUGGUCUCAACUGAACAGUGUACUCUUAGAUCGUUGGGGCAGUUUAGAAUCAUUUCUCAACGAAUGUGGCACAGAUCAAGUUUGUAAUCAAUUUAAUCUAUUCGCUAUCCGUCUGUUACCAUCAUCAUAUGGUUCUGCUGGUGCUGAAAAUAGCGGUGGCCAACUGUUACGCCUUACUGCGCAUCCUUCACUAGACGAUGUGUCGUGUGCAUUUAAACAAUGGCAGUUGAAUUCUACUCAAUCGGCAAUUAAUCUCCUGUGUGAUUAUCUAAUUGGUACUGCAAUCAAGGCUAACAAUUUGUCUGUUGAACGCGUUUGUUUAAUUCUUAAAGGGAAUCUGACUACUACCAGUAGUACUACUGCUGACACAGAUUCAGAUCAGUGGAUUUAUUUAGUUCACUGUCUUUUGAUCAGUCUACCGUUUAGUUUGUCUGGAUUAGUAUUUUCAUCUAUAAUCAUUCCAACGUUAGAAUUAGCCAAUAUAAGAUCAGCUCAAUCUUGGCCGUUAGAUAAUGCUGAUAUAUCGUUGAAGAAUUCACCAUCAUCUACUUUUAGUCUUUUAGAAAUUCUGUUUGAUGAUAUUCUACCAGUGUCAAAGCGUUUCAAUUUAUCGUCAUUGUCAUCCCCAUCCUUAUCAUCACCAUCAUCACUACUGGUGGAUCAACAAACUCAGGAAUUCCUUUUAAUCUCAGCUAUUGGUAAUCUUGGUUAUCAGUUGAAAUGGCCUGCAUAUAUUCAGUGUUUUGAAGAAAAACGUUUUCAAAUUAUUGAUAGUAAAGUUGCUGUUAGUGGUGAUAAUAAUGAGUCAUUGUGUCAAAAAACAUUAAUAAGGCGCUCAUCAUCUGAAAAGGGUAGUCCUGAAAACUCUGAAGAAUUAAAUAACAGAGUGGAUGAUAAGAGUACUGCUAUUACAGAGCAAUAUACUACUGACUAUAGUAAAGCAUCAAUAGUGCAUAAGGGGACGCAUGAUACUUUAUCAUCGUCAUCAUCAUCAUCAUUGUCUCCUCGUCAAUUUAUUGAAGAUUUAAGACGUCGAGAAUUUGGCGUGGGUGCUGAUUUAAGCAAAGAAGCUGUGGAUUUACUACAGAGAGUUGAAGGAAAAUUAUCCCGAAGUUUAACUCAAUUAUCAGAAGAAAUUUAUGGCUUGCCAGGACACUUUCUACUAGAAUUGAUUCAAAAUGCUGAUGAUAAUACUUAUUUUAGCGGUGAUUGUGGUAAUGGUGAUGAUGACGAGAUGCCACCAACACUGGAGUUUCACUUAUCAUCCACCAAUCACCACAGUACAGAUAGUAUGGACAGUAAAAAUUUCUCCCUUUAUGUUAUGAAUAAUGAAUCUCUUGGAUUUACACAAUCUGAUAUUGCUGCUUUAUGCGAUAUUGGUCAGAGUACAAAAAUAACUCAACGUGAUAUGAAAAUAGGUCGUAAAGGGAUAGGUUUCAAGUCUGUGUUCAACGUAACUGACAUUCCUGAAGUACAUUCAAAUGGUUUCCAUAUUCGUUUUCGACGUCAGAAUACUGAAAACCAACAACAACAAUCUAUUCUACAGAAACCCUUAUUGUUACUUCCUGAUUGGUGUGAAGAAUAUGAAGCAUCUGAGAAGAUGAAUAGCAAAAUACCAUCUUGGUGUCGAACAUUAUUCAUCCUUCCAUUAUCCCAAAGAAUGAAUUAUAAUUCACUGAAUCAAUCUCCAGGACUUCAACUUAUUCAGUUAAUUCAAACCACUCUGAAACCAAAUUUAUUACUUUUCUUAAGACGUCUUCGUUGUCUUACCUUUUCAUCCGAUGAACCAAAUAUGUAUUGGAGUGUAAAACGUACUUGUAAAACAUGGGCUCUGUCGUUAUCUAGCACUGCCAAGUGUUAUGCAGAAUUAAUUACUAUCUCUGAAACUGAGCGUCAUUCAUCGUUGGAACAGCAAGCAACCACUGUACACAAAUGGUUUUGUUUUAAAGAAUCCAUUCCAGUUGAUGGUGAUAUAAAGGAUUCUAAAAAGAAUCUUCCCAGAGAAACAGCCAUAUCUAUUGCAAUAUCAUUAACAGAUUCAGAACCUCUUCAGCCAUGUCCAAUUUUUGCCUAUCUACCUGUGUUGAGUGUUGGUUUUCGAUUUUGUAUUAAUGCCGACUUUGAUUUAACAUCAUCUCGUGAAGAUAUUAAUUCUAAAAGUGCUUGGAAUUGUUGGCUUGUUGAUAAAAUUCCAAAGGUGUUUGCAGAUAUGAUUGAAUGUAUUGGAAAGUUACCGCCUUCAUGUUUCGUAACAAGUGAGGAUAAAGCUAAAUCAAGUCAUUUGAAUACUACUCUGGGUUGUACACGUGUUCAGUUAAUUGGACGUAUUAUCUCAUGCCUACCAUAUAAUAAUCUAUCCUCGUUUCCAUCUUCUACAUUCAUAACUGGUAACGACAUUCAACAGCAGAAAACGAUGACAACAACAAAAGGCGAUGUAUUUGCCAAUUUAUCAAAUAAAUUAUUAUUAAAAUUAUCACAGUUGUCAUGGUUACCAGGUAUUAAACGCUCUGAAGAAUAUUUAUUGGAUCAUGAAAAUGUCAAGUAUGUAUGCGCAUCACAAUUGUUAGUUGUACCUUCGUCGUAUUAUGGAGAAAAUGACAGUACUUUUAUCAGAUAUCAUAAUAAUAAUACCGUCAAAUCGUCGAAUGCAAACAAAGAUUUAAUCAAUCUUUUAAUUGAUAGUCUUCAAGUGUUUGAACCACAUCCAGAUUUAUUUAUCCAGGAACAAUGCACUGAAUCAUCUAUUGAUGACAACAAUGCCUUUAUUAUUAUGCCUUCUGAUCAAUGGCAAGAUUAUUCUGUCAUUAAUUAUAUGCGAAUGGAAUCAUUGACUUGGUUGGGUGCACAGACCAUAUCAACAAGAUCAUUAUUGAAUUUAGCAGCUGUUUUAAAACCUGAUGACAUUGUUCGUCCAGGCUUGCUAUCAGUAUUGAUGUCAGCUUUUGAAUGGUGUUUAUCCACUCAAAGCGCAUCCACCUCUUCUAUAUGGAAUUCACAGCCGUUGAAUUCCACAUCGAUACCAAUGUCUAAGUGUCGUCUAGUCAAAUCACUUCAACAUUUGUCUAUAUUUCCUUUAACUAAUGGGAAUUGUGUACGCUUGUGCGAUAAUAAACAAACACACGAUUGGGCUAAUAAUAAUAAUAAUAAUCAGCCGCCUCUUCCAAUCUUACUGCCUCCUCAUCCGUCUGAAAUAGCCUCGGCAUUAAUUGGCAUUACAUAUGACGAAUACACUGAACUCAUUGAAAAGCUUGGACCAUUGAUAAAACCAAAUUCUGUACACCGUAAUCUUCAACAAUCUGAGCAACCUCAACAAACUAAAAUAAAAGUAGAGUAUUCUUCAUUGUUGAUCAAUAAAUCACCAAAUGGUUGUAACCUACAAAUUGCUUAUCCUUAUAUUGUCUUCAAAGAAUGGAUUGCACCAUAUUUAAAAGUCAUUCAUCAGUUGGAGGAGAUCUCCUCCACACAUUUAGUGAAUUGGUUAGCCACUGUCGGUCAAUUCUAUGCCUCUGUCGAUAAUAUUGAUGGCGAUAAUUCAUUGUCUAAUAGAACAACACUAUGUUGUGAUGAUGAAUUGCCAACCCUCCUACCUAUACUGACUAUAAAUAGUGGUAGUGGUACCAGUAGUGAGAAUUUGUUGAAUGAAAAUUCUGUGAUUGUAAUGCCAGCUCUGCGUAAUCAAGAUGGAGGUAUACGUAAAGAGGCAAUAUUUCUUCCGCCAGAUGAUACACUGACGACAAGCUUAACACUGUCGUCGUCGUCGACGUCAACGUCAUCAUCUUCAUCAUGGAAGGAGACGUCUUCGAAGUUAGAAAUGGAAUUAUUCAAUUUCUUAUUAAACUGUAAAAAGAUGAAUUCUUCUGGUUCCUCUACCUCCUCUUCCUCUACUCGUUCCCGUUUUCAUGUCAUAUCACCAAAAUAUUUUGAGAAGUAUUCAUCAUCUGAUCCAAGGCGACAUCAGCGAUGGUUGAAACUUUUCUCUAAAGCCGGUGUUUCCACACUAUUUUCAAUACAUAAAGUUAAAUACCUUUAUGAAUUGUCAAAGAUACCAUCAGUAUCAACAUCAUCGUCACAUGAAAAUACCUCCUACUUAUCUUCUUCUUCUUCUUCUGGAGAUGUGAUACCGCUACCGGCAAAUCAUGCAUUGUCUCGUUGUAUUCAUAAAGCUUUAUCAGAGAAAGGAUUGACGCCUGAUAAUAACUCGACCAAUUCCAUGUGGUUAAUUGAAGAUUAUACUGCACCUGGUAUAGAACUACUCUUGAAUUGUAUCUCUACGACUAUGUUCUCUAGUACUGCUAGUAUACCAGAUAAACAAUGCUCUAGACAAGCUGCUGAAUACCUGGCCGCCAUACUGCAUAAUGAUUGGUUGACAUAUGAAGCGUAUUCAUCUGCGUCGUACAAAUGCCUAGAUGGGAGAUACAAUGCCAUUAGUAAUAAUGCGCCUACAUAUUCACGUCAAAUAGUGUAUUCCUCUUCAUAUUUACCUCAUAGUAAUACCGUGAUCAAUUCGAAUAUCACUUAUCACUUAGCCUAUUCAUCAUGGUUUCAUAAAUUAAGACAAACAGUUUGGUUGCCAGUUGAACAACGACACACUGUCAAAUUCACUGCUUCGCCUUUUCAACUUCUCAGGCGUCCAACAGAUUUACAAAUAGUUUAUUCGCCUUCAGCAUUUCACCAAUUAGAAUUACAAAAUAAACAAUUAGCUAAAUUAUUUAAACAAAAUUCUUAUAUCUGGUCAACUGGCGCGUUUAUUGUAAAGAAAUCCUUAAACUAUCAUUUUAUGAAAUCAAUUGGUUUAAUUAAUAAUUUAGGAUGUUGUACAAUUCAACAUUUAAUGAAACAUAUGGGUGAUGGAGCCAGAAAGGCGAAUUCCGCUUGUCCUGCUUGUUUAACACCAAAUAUUAUGCUGGACAUGUAUCAUAUUGCUAUACAGUAUUAUCUACGUGAACAAUAUCAUGCUAUAAGUGAUGUUGAUCCACACCCUGAAAAAUCUUUAAAUCACUGGCUUCAAUCAAUAUUUGCUAAUCCUGCUUACCCGUGUAUCCUAGUUCAAUGUCCAAGAACAACACCAACAACAGUAGUAGCUAGUUCAACGAAGUCAACACACAGACGUCAAGGUAAAAAAACUACCAUGGCCAAUAGUCACUUUACUGAUGAAUCCAAUGCAGUUACUAACGAUUGCCCUAUUUGUAAUAGUGGCGUUGUUGAAAAGGAAUCAAGCCAGUCAUCUUCACAAAAAAAGCCUAUGCAAACUCAUGGAGAACAGAGAAGGCCUCCUACACGUACAUAUCACCUAGUCGAUGUGGAUUUAGUUUGUUGGCAGCGUAUUGAUACAUUGUCACUGUCGCCUGGUGUGUUGAAUGCAAACGAAGAAGAAAAAGGCGGAGAAGAAGAACAAGGCGAUAGUGAUGAGGACGAGGAAUUUAAUCAUCAACACUGUUUACUUUCACGCUCUACACCACAUACUGCACAAUCACGUGUGAAUGUUAAAACUGUGAAGCGUCCACGUAUUUUUAGUCUAUCACAGUAUUAUGAUGAAACAUCUCGCCAUAUUUUUAUUGAUAAACUUGGGUUACCAACAACUUCAUCAAUUGACGAAGUCCUUGCUUUACGACCCAAUCUACCAGCGUGUGACAAGGCGAAUGGAAAUCAUAAAGAAAUUCAUGAAUUCGGUAAGAGAUUAUCUAAUUGGUAUGCUGCAUUAGAUUACUGUAUACACGAAGAAUAUUGGAUUACUACUGAAAAGGAUAAAUGCCUGACUAGAAAUGUGAAACAACAACAUGCCAAUAAAUCGUCUGGAAGACGUGGAUUCGAUGAAGACUUGGCGAAAAGUCCUUUGCUGGCCUAUGUGAAACAAUUUCCAAUACUUUUGGAUUCCAUGGGUCACUGGCACAAACCCUGUGAUGUCCUUACAACUUCUCCAUUGAUGAUGACGGAAAGUCAAAAAUCAAAUCAACAUUCCACAAGUAGUAAACGUAGUCAGUCCGGUGAAGGGAGGAUAAAUCUUUUUACUUGGUGUAAAGCAAUGCCUGCUUCUAUAAUACAUGAUUUUUGUCAUAGUAAUUCUUCACAGUAUAGAAUAAUGGCAUACAGUUUAUACUUAUUAAAUGAACAUUAUCCUCCUCUAAGAUCAACUUCAUGUAGAAGUUAUCAGGCGUUAUCAUCAUCAUCAUCAUCAUCAUCAUCAUCAUCAUCGUCAAGACCAUCAACAGAACAAUAUGAGGGGAAUACACAUCAUCUUUUAUUGACUUUAUUUGGAUUACCGAUACUGGAUUGUACUACUGAAUUAUGUAUUCGACGUAAAGGUGAUUAUCAACUGUUAUCUAUACGACAUAUUGAUCAUAAAUUCAUGAGACCCCAUCAAUUGAUGGAUAUAAUUUUUAAAUGUAUUCUUCGUCUUAUCCUAUUAUGGUGUUCAACAAAAUAUGCCAUGGGGAGUAAUGAAUAUUCUACAAGAAGUAUUCUGCCCAAUGUUAAUGAUCCAUGUUCACUAGAUCAAGAUGUGAUCAAUACAAUGGUUGAAUCUAACCAGACUGAUGCAUAUGUAGUUGAACAUUUACGAAUAGGUUUAAAUUUCCUCCCACCCUAUUUAAAUCACUUUCAAUGUUCAAGUGUCAUUAAACGGUGUACAAAACAUUCAAUGGUUUGUCUGCUGAAUGGUAAAUUAUUUCUUGACAAAAUAUCAAAUGAUGAAAUAUUGACGAGAUUAUCAUCGUCUCAUCUCUAUAACAAGCAGUCACCGUUAAUUUAUCUGUUACACGCUUCUUUAAAUGACCCAGUGUUAAAGAACUAUCGAAUGGCUAAAACAAAUAAUGACAGAAUGCAUCAAUCAUCGUUCAUAUAUCAAAUUAUUGAUUUUCUAUGUCCAUAUGAUGGAAACAAUAAAGUGAAUCUGAUUCAAUUUCUUCGAGGAUUUAUCAAUUUAGCUUUAUCAAUCCAUUCAAAUGUGUUAUAUGAAUGCAUAAAUAUGAAGACAUAUUCACAUUAUUAUCAACAGUUAGAGAGCUAUCUCCUAUCACAUGGUAUUCGACCAUCGAAAGUCAGACAUGAGAUGAGUAUAUUAUAUCCUCCCCCACCUCCAUCGGCUUCACAACCUCCCCCACAGACGAUAACACCACCACUGCAGACAAAACCGAAGCCAUCGUAUCCGCCUUCUACUCUUGCUAACUCAUGUGAAUAUACAUCUAGUAACACUGGAAUGAAGAUUCCACAAUUUGAAUCAUCUAGAAGUAGUACAUCAUCAAAUGAUCUGCCCAUGAAAAGGAUGUGCCCUACAUCAUCAGAGCGUGUUGAUGUUGACCAUCGGCAUACUACUAUCCUACCACACUUAUAUCCUACUUAUAUCGACAAUGAACAAAACACAAAAGACUUGAAGAUUAGUUUACCUAUGCAGACUAAAGUAUUAAAAUCAACAAAUUCACCUACAUCAAGCUGUUUUAAACAAGAUAUUGAACAGAAUUCAAUUUCGACAAAAGCAAGGUUUCCUUCUUUUGAUAUGACAAGUGCAACUGCCAAUCCUACCGCUACUGCCACUACUACUACUACUACUACUACUACUACUACUACUACUACUACUGCGAAUAAUAAUAAUAUCGUUCCCUGUUUAUCUGAGUUCUCAACUCAUCAUUUACCAAUAAAACAAUCUCGAAAUGAAAAGAAUUCAGUACAGCCAGUAUCUAAUGAUGAUGAAAAGUCUUUAAAUCAGCAGGUGGUGACUAGUGAAGACUGUUGGACACGUUCAAAUUUCACUACGAUUGAAUCUACUAUUGAAUCAAGUAGUAUGCAGUCAAUACCAAAUAAAAGUAAUUCUGAGGAUAAUAAAUCUGUUAGAAGGGAUACAGAAUUAAAUGAAGCGUUUACGCUAUCUUUCAUGUCAUCCCCAGAUUUUCUUGACUCUAUUCCUCUACCGGAUGAAAUCCCACCAGCAAGGCGGCGGAGUCUACAAUCUCCUGCUCCUUCUACAUCUUCCUUCUCGUCCACUGGCAUGUCUACCUCGCCUACCGUCUCAAUAUCUGUUAUGAAUGACAAUCCUGUGAUGGCAUUUUUUUCACCUGGUGAAAUGUUACCCGCCUACCUAACUAAUCGUUUGGAUCGUAUUCUGAAUACACCUGAGAGACGAGUGGAAAUUGGCCGAUUAGGUGAAUUAUACGUAUAUCAAACAUUAUCACGUUUGAUAAAUUCACAUCGAAACAGUAAUAAGAGUGAUUCUAACUGCCUUAAAUUUCCUACUGGUCAUCCUCUAUUGGGUGAAGGACGUAUAGUCAGGUGUGAUUGGUUGAAUUCAGAGAAAGAAUCAUUUAAACCGUAUGAUUUAGCAGUGAAUGUUGAAGUUGAAUGCAAUGCACAUUGUUGGGAUAAAUUGAUAAGAAAUUUAAAACACGAAUUAACCGCAUCCAUUGUUCAUAUAAUUCGUCGCCCAUCCAAAGAUCAACAUUCAAGUCGACAUAGAAAUGGCAUAUUAUCCGUUGGUCCUAUAUUCAUUGAAGUGAAAUCCACUAUUGAUUCUGCUUUGCUGCAUUGCUGCAUGAAUAAUUCACCUCAUGUUGACCUUUUCGAGUUAUCGCUGCCUGAAUGUUUGUGUGCUGUUCAACACACCUGGCGUUAUCAUUUAUAUCGUGUUGUAUGGAAAAAUGAUUGCAAUGAGAAUACAUCUCCAGUGAUGAAUUUGUUCAAUUCUACACCGAGUGUUAUGCAUAUACCAGAUUUAAUGGGUCAGUUGAAAAAAGGCAAACAAUUGUCUAAACUUCAGUUGUGUUUAGCUAUGUCACAUCAUAAAAACAGUGCUGGUCGUCGUGGUGGUGAUAGUCAUCGGGAUUGAUCGCUGCAGGGAUGUGAGAAUAGUAGUCGAACAAAAUUUUAAAGAAUACUGAAUUCUAUUUAAGACUAUUUACUACUGUACUGCUGCAUUUCAAUCAGAGAUUGUUUAAAGGAAUUUAUGUCUAAAUAUAUGUGCGUAUUUUUGAUAGUAAA